AAUAGAUAUGUGUGAACACAAAACGCACACUGCUUAUCCAUAGGCCAGCAAGAGAGUUGCGAUGUGCUCUGCUCUGUGUAAAUAAGAUUUGAUUUGAAUUCAAACAGUAUACCACAAACAAGGAAUGAUUGUACGUAAUAUCUAUACUAAAUAGGAUAAUAGUCAUCGUCGUUUUCAUCGCAAUGCAUACACAUAAAAUAAAAAUUGAAUCAGUGCCAUAAUUUUUGUUCACGUUGUCAGUAAAGUAAAUCGGUUCGUUUGUCUUGACGUACUGCGUACAGAAGCAGUCGAGAUACGGUUAUCGUUUAUUGAAUAUUGAAUUGUCAAUUGACUUUAUUGUGAUUGUAUUAUACUACAUUGGAAUUAAUUACAUACGCUACUUCUUUUCGCCGUUUUGCUUUUGUACGUAUUUCGGCUACGAGUUUAUUUGAUUGUCUAAAGUGUAUCAGUUCCGUUCAUCACAAGAUGAGGUGUGAGUGACGAAUAAAGAAACUAUUACGUCGAAUUAUAUGUGCAAAUCACAUGCGAACGUAGAAAACCAGUGGAAAACAGUUUACAAAUAAGAAAAGAAAGAAAGAAAUAUAUAAAAGUAAACAAGUGUAUAUCGAAUUGGUUGUGGGUGAUUUUGGGCGUACAUUUGCAGCGCAUCUCAAUGUUCGAUUGAUUAAAUAAAUCCGUAGUGGAAGAACAUUUGAACAAAUAAAAAAAUGGGAAAUUCGAGUACAAAAUUGGCGGAGAAAUGUUCUCUAUUGUCAAAAGACGAAGUGCCACUUGUGGCCAGUUCCUUUAAAUUGGUUAGCAAAAAUUCCGAGCGUAUCAAGGAAGAUGAUUUAAUGAAAUUUUGGGGUUCCCAAAUGGAUCCACGUUUAGCACAAUACAUAACAAAUUUCCUAUUUGGAGCACCAUCAAAUCGAACAAAUAUCGUGGAAUUUCAACGAUUCGCUGAAUUGUAUGUGUUUUCGGUGCGUGGCUCAGUCGAUGAUCGAAUUAGCGUCUUACUAGCUAGUGUCGGGCAAUCCGAUUCGGAUCAUUCUGAAAUAGCAUAUCCACUAAUUAAAGAGUAUGUUGAAGCUGUGGUUAGCAGUUAUAUGCGUGCACUCAGACUGGAAGGUGGUGUAGAGUAUCAGUCAUGGGAAAGUAAAGGUUUUCGAAUUGUAAAGGAGUGCAUACAAAAAUUAGCGGAAAGCUUGUCAUCGGAAGCCGUGCAACAAGGU